AUGCCAAGAAGAAAACUAAGAAACACAAGAAAAAAAUACGUUGAUUAUGAAGAUCUAGAAGAUGAAAUUCUCGUGUCAGACAUGCCCAUGGACUAUGAGAGGGAAAAAGUAAUAGCUGUUUCAUUCCAAUCUGUUAACGAUCCUUUUCUUACCAAACUUUUUGAAGAUGAAUAUGAGUAUUUUGGCGAAAAAGAUGAAUAUGUAGAUGAUUUAGUUCAUCUAGAAGAUGACGAGAAUGACAUUGGUGGUUCCAAUUAUGUCUAUGAUCCCACCAUAGAGUGGAAUCUCAUGGAACCAAAGGUUGGAGAGAAAUAUCAAAAAUUUUCUCAAUUGAAAAAUUGUCUUAUUAACUACGUUGUGGCCCAUGGGUACCCCCUAAGGUUUGAGAAACUUGAAAGUACUAGGUUAGUAGCUAGAUGUGGUAGAGAAACAGACAAAAAAAAUUGGAUUGCUUCUCAUCUUGUGAAGGAGAUUGUUUUCAACCCAUCUAUUAAACUUAAAGAAUUGAAGGAACUCAUUAGGACAAAAUUCAAUAUCACCCUAUCUAUCAGUACAUGUAAUAGGGCUAAACAUAAGGUAAUGGUGAUGAUUGAAGGAAAGGCUAGUGAUCAUUGUGCUAGAAUUUGGGACUAUGCUGCAGAAAUACAAAGAUCUAACCCUGGUAGUACUGUGAAAGUGGGUGUAAACCUUAAUUCUGAUGGAAAACAUUACUUCCAUAGAUUCUAUGUAUGCUUUCAUGCAUUGAAAACAGGAUGGAUUGUUGGAUGUAGAAGUGUGAUAGGAUUAGAUGGGUGCUUUUUGAAAGGGCAAGUAAAGGGUCAACUCCUAACAGCUAUAGGAAGGGAUGCCAAUAACCAAGUAUAUCCUAUAUGUUGGGGUGUGGUAGACAUUGAGAACAAGCAAAACUGGAAAUGGUUCUUGGAUCUUCUUAGUGAGGAUGUUGGAGUACAAGAAGGUGGAGGUCUUACAGUUAUAUCAGACCAGCAUAAGGGGCUACUUGAAGUAGUAAAGGAGGUCUUGCCAAACGCGGAGCAUAGACAAUGUGUUCGCCAUAUAUACACAAACUUUAAGAAGUCAUAUAAAGGAGAAGAGUACAAAGAUCUAUUUUGA